AGAAUCUAAUAGCUCAGUUGGAAGGCGAGAAGCAAGCCAGUGACAACAUCAAACGCGAUCUUGUGCGACGUAUUAGGAUGCUGGAACAUGCAUUGAGGAGACAAUGGAGAAUGACAUGUGGAAGCAGCGCUGGAAUGAUUAAAGAGAGAGUAGGUGGCAAAUCUGGUGAGGGGGAACCAGCGUCGCGGGACGUUGCUGGGGUUACAUAUGGUGAAGUACGCGCUAUGGAUGAAUUAGCGCACCCGGUUAGAGAUGUAAUCCAUGAGAACGGGGAUGAAACUUGCGAUAUUGGCCAAGGCCUGGAAGGUGGCGAAGUGCAUCAUGGGUUUCACACUAGCAUACCUGAGACAUCGCAACACAAUGCCAAUACACAGUCGACAUCGAAAACAAAUACAAACCAGCACAACGGACAAAUACCAAAAGAUUUAAUGAACCACGCAACGACACGUCCCGUACUACCAUCGGUUGAGACAAGGAGUGCAGCGCGUACCAAGCGCGAAUCAACACGAAAAUUUCUUCAGUCGUACUUACUUGAAAUGCAGGUUUCAGAAUCAUUCGUGGAGUCGAGAGUGGCCCAUUUAAAGCAAAUAUACGACCAACGAGUAAAUAAUGAGAGGACGAGGUCGCACGGCGAUGUUAACAGUGCUUCUAAUGUCACUCAGCUUUCGAGUCCGCAAACCGAUAACGCUCAUACAACGAAGGCCCUCGAUCAAGAUAAUUUUGUUGAUAAUCGCUUAGUCACAACGACUGGCGAAAGGAAAAUGGGCUUUGAGGAAGAAAAUAACGAUCAUGCCACAGGAGCUGAUCAGUCUUUUGUGCGGGAUGUAAAUUCUGAGGAGAUGGCCAAGAUCAAUCGUGUGAUGCACAAAGGAGACAAGGCUCACCAGCAUGCUUUGGGCAGUCCGUACCAAAGACACGCUACUGGCCCAAACUCCCACCGCGGGUCCUCAGAUUUAGAGCAACUAAACAACCUCAGCCUGAGCGAUGAUGAUCUUGAUGCCUUGAUGCCUGACACUAGCGGUGCAAGAGACAAUAAACCCAAGAAAUGGCUGCCAAAGUACGCUUUGUAUGGCCAUACAGAUAUGGCACAUUGCAUACUGUUCCAUACAUCAGACCCGGUUGCAUUCACGGGAUCAGCUGAUAAUACCAUCAAGCUCUGGAUGCUUUCCCGCCGUUCUUCGCCAGUCGGGGAUAAGGAACCUGCGCUGCUCACGUACACUGGCCAUAGUGGCGCUGUAUGCUCUCUUGCAAUGACACUCAAAAGAAAAUUGCUAUUCAGUGCCAGCCGCGACACUACAGUUAGAGUGUGGACUAUCCCUGAGUUACCUUGUCCGCCUAAUGCGCCGAAUGAAUCUCCGAAAUGUCUGUAUGAGUUCAAGCAGCAUGGUGCACCUGUCAGCUGUGUUGUAGUACACCCUACCAAGGACCUUAUAGCUUCAGUAUCGUCCGAUGGUGCAUGCUACGUCUGGAAGUAUUCACAAGACCGGCUGGAAUCAUCCACAGACAUAUACACACCCGUUUUGUGUAGGAGGGGUGGCGACGCCAAAGGCGCGGCCAUCGUUGUGUCAUUCAUGAACACAUCGCCACGGAAUGUCGUGGUGGCCUACGCGGAUGGUGACAUAAUCAUUUACGAUACACAGACGGGCGAGGAAGUACUCGCUUGUAAGUAUGAUUCUGAGGAUGAGGAGAAAAGGGGCAAACCUACCCACGCAGUGUGCCACCAUACAAAGGCUCUGCUGAUUGCUUCAUACGAUGAUGGAAGGUUAUUCUUCUUCGACACAAUUACAGGUCGUCAAGUGAAUACGCAUAUGGCACAUCCCGAGUGUGUCACCCACAUAGCCAUUGACCCAACCGGACUUUACUACAUGACAUCGAGUCGGGAUCGAUCUCUGCGCUUGUGGGAUAUGGAAGCAGGACGGUGUGUGCAAGAAAUAGCGACGACUCACCGGCAGAAAGACGAAGAAUCUGUUCUGACAGUUGAAUGGCAUCCUGUACGGAACUUUGUAGCUAGCGGAGGCGCAGACGGUGCUAUCAAAGUGUACACCAGUUAAAAGUAAUAUAGUAAAGUAAAUAGAAGCCAUUCCAAUGUUUGGAGUGCUGUAAGUGUUCUGAUUUUGCUGGAAAUUAGGAAGCAACGCCAAGAUUCGCACAAUAGGAGUCUCGGACAUUUUCUGACACAGAAUUUACUGUGUCGGUGUAUGUGUGACCCCUGAGUCGAGUGGUAUUGAAUAUGUGACGUUAUGGUCGACACGG